GCGGUACAAAUACCAUACCGGGUGCGGACCUCUGGCUGAUUCUCGUGGCGCCAGAGCAGAUCUUCUUGGUGAAGUGCAAAAAGAAGCGAGAGAGCCGGCAAGAUGCUGCGGCCGCAACUCCUGUCUCGGGGCGGCGUCUCCCUCGCGCGAAUAGCCGCUGCCUCGACGCGGGCCAUGGCAACGGCAGCGAAUGUCAAUAAUGGAUGGCAAAGGAGCGAGAGAAAAGUUUGCAUCGAGACCUCAAAGCGCAAUUUUAUCAAGCAGUUCAGACUGGCGUCCACCUCCUCUGCUGCGGCACGAAAGACCCAAGUGGUCGUGGCUGCAGCUGAGCCAGAUGGUGCAGCCGCCUUGUUGAAGAUACACUGGGGGGAUUGCAAGACGGACAUAUACCCGUUUAUAUGGCUUCGUGACAACUGCCAGUGUCCUCAGUGUUUUAACAGAUACACCCUCUCGCGCAAUAUCCUGCUCCAAGACCUCUCUCGAGACGUUCAUCCCACCGCUGUGGAGGUAGCGAAAGACGGCCAGGGCGUCGCUGUGAAUUGGUCGGAUGGCCACAGCUCCGUCUUCUCGGCCUCUUGGCUUCUCCGCAGGGCUUUCAACAGCAGCAGUAGAGGCCAGCGACUCCAGGAAAUUAAACUGAAAAAGAUUCUCUGGGAUUCAGAAAAAAUGAAAGACUUGCCCCAGGCCAACUUCUCCGACCUCCUGGCAAACGACGCAGCCCUUCUCACGUUCCUGCAGGAGGUGGAGCAGCUUGGACUGUGCGUCGUGAAGGAAGCGCCUACGAGAAGUGGCGAGCUCGAACGCCUGACGAAGAGAAUUGGCCACCUGAAGAGAACACAUUACGGCCUUACUUUCUCAGUUAAAAUCAAGACAAAUGCUAACAACUUAGCCUAUACUGAGAAAUCUCUCAAUUUGCACGUUGACCAGCCAUAUCUUGAGUCCAAACCGGGGGUCCAGCUGCUACACUGCAUCAGCCAGUGUGAAGGCCACGGCGGAGACAACCUCUUGGUGGACUCUUUCCAUGUCGCUGAAAAGCUGCGUGAAAUGCACCCUGGGAAAUUUAAAAUCCUUACGGACACUCUCGUAGACUUCUACGACAUUGGUGUAGAAAAUGGGACAAAGUUCCAUGUUAUUAAUCAAGAACCAACUAUACAAUUGGGUAUAUCCGGCGAGAUCAAGACCGUCAGCUUCAAUAACAUGGUACGUGACUCGCACUUCGGGUGCCAGCCGGAGCAGACGAAGGCCUGGUAUGAUGCCAUGAUGAGCUACCAUGAUCUGCUCGCGGAUCCUCAGUACGCCAUCACUUAUAAGCUGUUGGAAGGCGACAUCAUCGUCUUCGACAACAACCGCGUCUUGCACGGCAGGAAUGGUUUCCAGAUGACCGGAGGCGAGCGCCACCUGGAAGGCUGUUACUGGGACUGGGAUGAGGUCAGGUCACGGAGGCGCGUGCUGUUGGCUGAAUGUGGCCUGAACUGAAAUAUGAAAUGUCAUAUGAAGUGUCAUUUAUAGCAAAAAUAUUCGGUGUGGUAACGGUUAUGUAUUGAUGCUACGCCAUGACGUUAUCGAUACAUGAGUUGCAAUACUUAUAAACAAAUUAAUUAUAGAUAUAUGUUAUAAACCAAACCAGCAGUUGUGUUAUAAAAACGCUGUUCAAUA